AUGUCUACCUCUCGUAUCAUUGAGCUCUCUACUAACAUCGCUGCAAACUCUGCCAAAAUACACGAUUAUCUAGUAACUCAUGGCCUUCCCACGCUGUCUUUCGAUAUCAAUGCCCCCUCAAGCAGUAUUAUACCCAAGGAUGCGGUUGACAUUGAAUCGGCCCGCGUCUCUAUAAUCGAUGAUACUUUGGAACUUCGUCGUUUGGCUCUUGGGCCCCGAGAACAUCUAAUGAGCUACACGCACAACGAGCUUAUCAGCCAGCAAGCUAUAACACGCUUCGGCUUGGCCCAUGCCUUCCCCAUUGGAAGUGAAGCGACUUUUGCCGACAUUGCGAAGGCUUCCAACCUAAAUGAGCAAAUUGUCAGACAAAUUCUUCGUCACGCGAUUAUGAACAACAUUUUCGCGGAACCAAGGCCAGGAAUCAUCCGUCAUAAUGCUGUCUCGCGUUUACUCGCGGAGGACCAAGUCGUGCAUGACUGGGUUGGAGCCAAUACCGAUGACAUGUGGCAGGCAGCCGCCCAAACGUGUAACGCACUGGCGAGUUUCCCAGGCUCUCAAGAGCCUAACGAAACGGGUUUCGCAUUAGCAAACCAAACGAUAAAAUCGAUGUACGAGUUCCUGUCCGAGCAUCCGGAGAGAGCACGUAGAUUCGGAAACGCGAUGAGAUGCUUUACCGAAGGGCCCGGCUUUGAGCUUAGUCACAUCACGGACAACUUUCCUUGGGGUGACCUUGGCAACGGCACUGUAAUCGAUGUUGGCGGUUCUCGAGGAUUUGUCUGCCUUGAACUAGCCCGAAAGUUCCCCUUAUUGUCUUGUGUAGUCCAGGACCUCGAACCAGUCAUUGCCGCCUCGCAGAACGAUGUACCAUCCGACCUUGCUAAUCGGGUGAGAUUCAUGAAUUACGACUUCCUCUCCGGCAACCAACCCUGUCGAGGUGCCGAGGUUUAUUUCUUCCGAUGGAUUUUUCAUAAUUGGUCUGAUAAGUAUUGCAUCAAGAUCUUACAGAAUCUUAUCCCUGCACUAAAACAUGGGGCAAAGAUAAUUGUCAACGACAAUGUCUUGCCCGAACCGGGGAUAUUGCCACAGAGGCAAGAAACCCGCCUCAGGUCCAUGGAUCUGUGCAUGACUGAGAUUCAGAACUCUCAUGAUCGUGAGCUAACUGAUUGGGUGGCUCUUUUCAAGGCGGCUGACCCUCGAUUUGAAUUUCAGCAGUCAGUCCAUCCUUCUGGUUCAAACCUAUGGAUAUUAGUUGUUGAAUGGAAGGGCGAUUGA